AGCGGUUGCACAUCAACCAAAAAAGUACGAGCAGAAGAUGAAGACGAUCCGUCAAAUACACCGGGCGGGAGCAGUAUGGGCAGAAGGUCAAGAUCUGCACAUGUGGACAUUUCACAUGGACAACGGGGCUAGAUUUGGAAUUGCAACUACCAACCAUGGCGAGAGCAUAAAUGGAGUCUACAAGGGCAUUAGGGCAAUGCCUGUAUCUGUCCUAGUGGAGAUGACAUACUGGAAGAAGAUCGAAGAGAAAUCAAGU